UCCAUCGCGACUCUCCACCGGCUCUGGGAAGAUAAUUGGAACAGACCGGCUGCUGCGCAAUGGCUGCUCCGGUAGAGCUCUAAUCUCUACUCUUGAGCUGAUUAGUGUGUUCUUCAUGAGCUCCGCACCCGCUUCCAGCCAGCUGCUCUGGCUGCUCAACGCGCUCAACGCGCUCUUCGAGCAGCACCGCAUCGCCUACCGAGUCGACCUCCCGGACCCGACUCUAGCCCAGCAAACCCCUUUCGCAGCGCAGAUCCACCCGAACGCGCUUAUCCAGCUCUACUCUGCGCUUUUCGGCAGCGCGGUCUCGCUCCCGACGCCGGUGCAGGACACGUUCAACUCGCGCGUCAAGAGCGUCAAGAUGCUGAUCGGGACGCUGGCGCAGGACGUGCUGAAAAUGGAUCUCAGCUACAUCGACCCGCUUGCGUUUCUGGCGGGAAAAGAGGAGGCGGUGGUUGAGCUUGUGCAGGUUGUUAUUGCGGUUGCGCAGAUUGUCGAGAAGCGGAAAAAAGCGAGUCAGGCACCGAGACGGAGGACGAACAGUAGCAGUAGCAGCAACAGCAAUCUACAGCUCUCUUCAGCAGCAGGUCGUCUACAACCGCACCUGGCGCUGAGUGAACCCUCUGAUUUUGAUUCAGACGAUAGCGUCGAGCCCGUAAGCGGUAUGCCUCAUCAUCCCCAAUUCCUGCUGCAUCAUAUAUCCGAUCUGGCGUCGCUAACUACCUCUUUUAACAACCCAUGCAGAGUACUCCGACUUUGACCAAGACUCGGAUCAAGACCUUGCCGAGAGCUUUUUAGCUGUAUUUCCUGCCUCCCAGCAGUACGCAGACCACAACCACGACCACGACCGGCACAGUCGCUCUCGCUCGCGACACCAGCAACU